AUGGCCUUCAAUCCCCAAGUACGGGAUUCCCCGCUUGGGUUCUUCCACGUCGGCUCUACACUAGGCUAUGCUGUGAGCACGUUGGCGCAUCUGCAGGACGCGUUUCGCCUGGAACAUGAAAGUGCAUCAGGGCGGCUCCUCUCCCACAAGGCCGUUUCCUGGAGGGCGGGAGCUUUGCCUGAAGAAGAGGAGCCUAACUAG